UCACCAUCCUAGUUAGGCUCCAUAGCUAGAAGAUAGAACACCUCAAAAAACCCUCAAUUCUUUCUCUAGCUAGAUCCAUCAAAUGGAAAUGUCUACACCAAAACCCUCAAAACGUAAUUUCAAGUCUAAACUUGUUUUACAAAUCACAUUUCCAAUAAUUUUGUUCACUAUAGUUACAUUACAAAUAUCCAAGAACAUUUCCUUAAAGAAAUCACCUAUUAUUUUAACUUCAUUACCCACUAAUCAUGUUGAACUUCCUACUAAUUACCAAGAGUUACGCCCCAAAAAAGUCGUCCCAACGAAAUGUGAUCUUUUUACGGGUGAAUGGGUCCCGAAUAUGGAGGCUCCAUAUUACACGAAUGAGAGUUGUCGUGUGAUCCAAGAACACCAAAAUUGCAUGAAAUAUGGGAGACCGGAUACGGAUUUCAUGAAGUGGAGAUGGAAGCCAAACGGAUGUGAAUUGCCCGUUUUUAACCCGGAUCAGUUUUUGGAUAUUGUUAAGGGUAAAUCUUUGGCCUUUGUUGGUGAUUCCGUGGCUAGGAAUCAUAUGCAAUCCUUGAUUUGCCUCUUGUCUCAGGUGGAACACCCUUUGGAUAUCUCCCCCACGAAAGAUGAUAAUUUUAAACGUUGGUACUUCGAAUCUUAUAAUUUCACACUAGCUAUAUUUUGGAGCCCAUACCUAGUCAAAACUCAAGACAAUGAUCCAAAUGGAAAAGCGGGAAAGACCUUUGUUGGGCUCUUUCUUGACGAGGCUAAUGAGGCUUGGACAACCCAAAUCAAUGGGUUUGACUACCUUAUCAUAUCGGCUGGCCAUUGGUUUUUCCGGCCCCUUAUCUACCACGAGAAGGGUGAAUUUAUGGGUUGUCGUUAUUGCGAGAUUGGUAAUCUCAAGGAGUAUUCUCUCUCAUAUGGGUACCGAAACGCGUUUCAAACCGCGUUUCGGGCCAUUUUAGAGAAUGAAAAUUUUAAGGGUAAAGUGUAUUUGAGGACCUUUGCUCCCUCCCACUUUGAAGGGGCAGAAUGGGAUCAUGGAGGGGAUUGCCCAAGGAAAAGUCCCAUAAAAGCCAAUGAAUUAAAUUUGGAAGGAGAAAAUAUGGAAGUAUAUACAGCCCAAAUGGAAGCAUUCAAGGAGGCCCAAAGUAUGGCCCAAAAACGUGGGCUGAAGUUUGGGCUAAUUGAUAUGACUCGUCUCAUGUUGGUGAGACCCGACGGACACCCGAGUAUAUACGGGCGCCCGGCAAAGAUGAAUGAGAUAUGGCCAAGUGAUUGUGUCCAUUGGUGUUUGCCCGGGCCCAUUGAUAGUUGGAAUGAUUUUUUGCUUGAGAUGUUAAAAAGUGAAGAGAAGAUUUUUCACUAAUUUAAAAUUUUAAAAUGAAGAUACAAUUGAAAAAAAUUGAAAUUGUAUAGAAAGGGACCAAUUUGUUUCAAAAAUUCAUUUUUUGUUGCUCAGUUUUGAUGUCUAUCGUGUAUCCUUUACUACAAUUGUUGGUUUGUUACAAAUGAGCUAAGGUUACAUUUUUUUUUUUUGAUAAAAUGAGCUAAGGUUACAUCAUAAAAAGAUCAAUUUGUUACAAAACAGUAACAUCAUAAAGUGUAUUUCAACAUUUUUCACAAAAAAAAAAAGUUUGUUGG